AUGUGUAUCUCCAUGCUGGGAGAAGAUGUAUUUGCUUGUUUCUGCAGGCAUUCUGUAGCAAAAAUUGUGGCCAUCCAUGAUUAUGAGAGAAAACUGUACAAGGCAUACUUUCCUUCUGAACUCUUUAAUCCCUCCCCCCUUACAUGUCUAGAUGCUCAUACACAACCUAACACCGAGCCCUUAAUAUUUGGUUAUGCUAGUAUGCCGGGGCUGGCAGAUCCAAAAUUAUGCUACGUUCUUGAUGGGAUCCUCUUCAUUUAUGCUAUAAUCAUCACAGCCUUUUUUGUAAAAGAAAAGUUAAGCAAAGGCUCUCCCGAACCCUCACAAACUCAGGGCCCUGAUGACCUAUACAAUAAAUUGUCUCACGGACGCAGAGAUGAGUAUGAUAUGCUAGGAGCUAAGAGAGACACUGAUGUUGAAGUGGGAGGGAGAAACCAGCACAGAAGAAAGAAUCCUCAGGAUAGAGUUUACUCUUCUCUACAGAGGGAUAAGAUGGGUGAAGCUUACAGUGAAAUUGGAAAGAAAGGAGAGAGGCGCCGAGGUAAAGGCAAUGAUGCUGUUUACCAGGGACUCAGCUCAGCAACAAAGGAUACCUAUGAUGCUCUUCAAAUGCAGCCAAUGCCUUACUAGCCACAGCAGGAUCCAACAAGACAGA